ACAACACUUAUAUAUCAACUCAUCCACUUCCCCUAUAUUCCCAAAUCGCUCGUCGACUUCCUCACGAACCCUAGCUACACGUUCGUCGGGAUCGGCGUGGAUCAGGACCUGGAGAAGAUCGGGGAGAAUUACGAGUUCGGGUUCAACACCAACACAGUGGAGUACCUGGAGAAGAUCGGGGAAAAUUAUGAGUUCGGGUUCAACACCAACACAGUGGAUUUGAGGGGCAUAGCGGCGGAGAGAUACGGGAGGGCAGAGCUGAACUGUGUGGGGCUGAGAACCCUCAUCGGCGUUGUGCUGGAGAGGGAUGGAGAACCCGAGGGCGGUUACGAUGAGCAGAUGGGACAAUCAGUGGCUGACGCCGGCUCAGGUUCAGUAUGCUUGUGUUGA